CUUCUCUCUUCCUCUUCUCUCUGUCUCUCCUACCCUCCGUCACCACCUCGUCCCUAUGGCAAGCGAGCUUCUCCCAGCCUCUUCCUACCAGACUAUCCUCCUGCCGCAACGGACCUGACGGUUUCCCUCCAUCUGGCCUCCCUGUCGCGCGAGCUGAUCGACCCACGCAAGCGCAAUGCCGUCCAGAGGCUAGUUCGAGCUGCUGAGCGCUGAUCACGGUGAGGCCACCCAGAUCCACCCGACUGCCACCCGGAUUUCGCACCUUGCCUUUUCUUCUCUCGUUCACCCAGCUGGCUCGGUCGCUCCUCCCUCUCUAGUGGGCAACUGCCAACUGGGCGACUCGCCGACGCCCCUACGCCAGGUGCUCAGGUCUUCGUCGGGUCUUUUGCCGGCGACGAACACACACCAGGGUAUUGUGUAGAGCUAUCAUCUCCCUCGGUUUCUUGGAAGAACAAUUAUUUGACAUAAUUAUCACCAUAAGAUGCCUGGAAUUACAGAGGAUGGAGUUGUUGCAGAGGAGGUGCCGAACGGGGUGAAUUUCUCUCCACAGAACGAAAGUCUGCCUGCCCCAAAGUCGACAGCAGCUUCAACGAUGGCGGGUAGCAUGCAAAGCGAGGCGCUUGAGAUGCAUGUUGAGGCCUCCGGUGCUGGGGAACCCUCAAUCGAGCAACUCUACAACAACGUAUGCGAGAUGGAGAGCUCAAGUGAGGGUGGCUCCCCAUCACGCGAGAGCUUUGGCUCGGACGGGGAGGAGUCUAGAAUUGACUCGGAGCUUCGACAUCUUGUUGCUGGGGAGAUGGAGGCCAUGAAGGUGAUUGAGGAGGAAGAGGAGAAUGGGAGUGUUGCCAACGUUGUACCCCCUGCUCCUGCUGAGAAUGGGACCCCAGUAAAGGAACACUCUUCCAGUUCGUCCAAGAAGUCGAAGAAGGCAUCAAAAUCACAGCUUGAGUCUGAUGCCUCUGUUGGACUCAAUGGAAAGGCGUCCACUGAGGAAGGUGAGAGCGAGGUCAGCAAACCGGCAAGCCGAGUUGGCCGACGGCGGAAAUCAAAUGCCAACCCACAGAGUGGAACAGAAGAUGCUGGGCUUGAUAACCCAGACCUUGGUCCAUUUCUUCUUAAACAUGCAAGAGACUUGAUUGCCUCAGAAAACCCACGGCGGGCAUUGAAAUAUGCUCUCCGUGCCACAAAGUCGUUUGAGAAGUGUGCUGGUGGAAAGCCAAGCUUGAACUUAGUGAUGAGUUUGCAUGUUGUUGCAGCAAUCUACUGCAACUUGGGAAAAUAUGAAGAGGCUGUACCUGUGCUGCAUCGAUCCAUUGAGAUCCCUGUAAUCGAGGAAGGCCAGGAACAUGCUCUCGCAAAGUUUUCUGGUUGCAUGCAGUUGGGGGACACCUAUGGCAUGCUAGGUCAAACUGCACACUCACUGCAAUGGUAUGCUUCUGGGCUUGAAAUACAAAAGCAAACAUUGGGAGAGCAAGACCCAAGGGUUGGAGAGACUUGUCGGUACUUAGCUGAGGCCCAUGUGCAGGCACUACAACUCGAUGAAGCACAAAGAUUGUGUCAGAUAGCCCUUGACAUCCACAGGGAGCAUCGCGAGACGGCCUCACUAGAAGAAACAGCUGAUAGGAGGCUGAUGGGUCUAAUUUGUGACACUAAGGGUGAUCACGAAGCUGCCCUGGAGCAUCUAGUGAUGGCCAGCAUGUCCAUGGUAGCCAAUGGUCAGGAGACAGAGGUGGCCUCAGUGGAUUGCAGCAUUGGUGAUAUCUACCUCUCCCUGGGCCGGUAUGAUGAGGCUGUGUUUGCUUACCAGAAAGCUCUCACUGUAUUCAAGACCAGCAAAGGGGAGAACCAUGCAACUGUGGCUUCUGUUUUCGUGCGCCUAGCAGAUCUGUACAAUAAGACGGGGAAGCUGAGGGAGUCAAAAUCCUACUGUGAAAACGCCCUAAAAAUCUACCAAAAGCCUAUUCCAGGGACUUCUCUGGAAGAAAUCGCCACUGGUCUAACUGACGUCUCAGCCAUAUAUGAGACGAUGAAUGAGCACGAGCAAGCGCUCAAGCUACUUCAGAAGGCCUUAAAAAUGUACAACAACUCUGCCGGCCAGCAGAGCACGAUUGCUGGCAUUGAGGCUCAGAUGGGCGUGCUGCACUACAUUUUGGGCAACUAUGGCGAGUCCUACGACUCCUUCAAGAGCGCAAUUGCAAAGCUCCGCACUUGUGGCGAGAAGAAGUCUGCCUUCUUCGGGAUUGCCCUGAACCAGAUGGGGCUGGCAUGUGUUCAGAGGUAUUCGAUAAACGAAGCAGCAGAAUUGUUCGAGGAAGCUAGAACUGUUCUGGAACAAGAAUACGGGCCAUACCAUCCGGAUACUUUAGGAGUCUACAGUAAUCUUGCUGGAACUUAUGACGCGAUGGGAAGGCUGGAUGAGGCCAUCGAGAUCUUGGAAUAUGUGGUUGGAAUGCGCGAGGAGAAGCUAGGUACGGCAAACCCAGACGUUGACGACGAGAAGCGGAGGCUUGGGGAGCUAUUGAAGGAGGCUGGCCGGGUGCGAAGCAGAAAGGCGAAAUCCCUGGAGAAUCUGCUCGAGACCAACCCGUAUAUCGCCACCAAGAGAAAUGCCGUUGCUGCAUGAGUCACUCUGUCCUCAGAUGACACGGUAUUGUGAUGGAAGGCGAGGAUUGUUACUAAGGUAUUCGUAUUCAUUUGGUUUGUUCAGAUGGGGGGUAACGGGAGUAGUGGUGUUUACAUAUUUGGAAAUAUGAAAAUGCUUAAAUUGAUUGUUGUAAAGUUUCAAAUGCUACUGUUUCUCCUUUUCUACUACCUCUCUGAGGUGCGAGUUUGCAUUCGUCAGUUGUACCUGGGUUUUUAUUACAUACAUGAAAAAAAAAAUCAAUGACACAGC